AAAAUAAAAAUUCAGAAGUGAAAAAUCAAGUUUUGCAUCAACGAAAAAAAAGGAUGAGGGUCAAAUUGAACUUCAUCUGCCUGAUACUGGCAUUAACUUUUUGGAGUACUUGCUCAGCCGAGAAUGAAAUUAUUGUCGAUAUCGAUGAAACUGGACAUGACCAAUAUCAUAUAGCAAACUUCCAGAACAGCGCCUACCAAUAUGGCUACGACAUUGGACCUAAUGGGCAAUUUCAUCAUGAAACGAAAGGACCUGAUGGUGUAACUUAUGGCUGCUAUGGAUAUAUUGAUCCAGAUGGUAAACUGCAAGUAACACAUUACGUUGCUGACUCUAAUGGAUAUCGAGUUGUUGAGCCAAAUCAGCCAACUACUGUCUUUGCCAGAACUAUUAACGAAUUUGAUGAUGCACUUAACUCGGAUAAUGCUGUAGAAUUUGUUCGAAUGCUUAGAAACUGGGAUGAUUUGUAUUUCCCGAAAGGAUGUGGUAGAACUGAAGGCGGUGUUCCAGCAAAUAAACCAACUAAACCGCCAACUCAAGGGCACUCACUAUCCUCAUACAACUCAUGGUCAUCAUCACACUUAUCCAACUCAUACAAUUAA